AUGUUCAGCCAUCUCCGCGCAAGCCGCCAAGUCGUUCUUCGACUAGCAAAUAGCCCCCUGCCUUCCAGCACCAAUGACAAUGGACGCCUAUUCUCAUUUGCCCUGGAAAUAUACCGCUAUUUCAUCCUUAGUAACAACAUCAUCCCCCACGGUUCUAUCACUUACCGAACUCUGCCUCAUGACCCAUUCCUCGAUGGUGUAUUCGGUACAAUGAGCCAUUUUGAUACGCAGGGAGUCAUCUUUGGCGACAGCCAUGGGUUGUUCCAAACUCUCCCCUGUAUAGCGGUUCUUGCCGCCCGACGUCUAACAGAGCAAACCCCCUCCCAGGCGAGCUUAGAGAUGCACGAAGCACUCCACAGCCGAAUAACAGAAUGGAAACCUCCCGAAUCUCCGGUUCCGGACCCAAAAUGGCAGUCACAACGAAAGGCAGCCUUGAAUCUCUGCCGUGAGGCUGUUCUACUCUACCUCGAGACGGCACUGGUCCCAGAUGCAUUGAGUAACACUUCAACUAUGACGAGAAUCCAAGGGUAUAUCGAUAAGAUCGUGCUAUACGCAGAUGAGGCCACCGGGUCCCCUUACGAGACCAUUUUUAUGGGUCCUCUGAUCAUCGCUGGCUCCUGCAUGGUGCAGCCGGAUCAACGAGAGCUACUCCAGGCUAGCUUGCGGUCCAACAGAUUCCACAUGCAGCACUGCUUACGGGCUGCUUCCCUUCUUGAAAAAGUCUGGAAUGACCCCAGUGGGCGUGUAUUUGGGCCAAGUGGGCUAGCCAUUAUCAUGCGGCGUCGUGGAAUUAAUCUGGGAAUUUCAUGA